GUUAAAGUUUCUGCUCGGUAUUUGCUUUUUAGUCUUACACAAGCAAACACCUGCGUAAGGUUUAUCUCAAUUCUGAUACUUACAUAUGAAUUGCAAAAAUGGACAACAAUAUUGUAUUAAAUAUAUUUCUAACAAUUAUGAAAAUUUGUCUCCAUAUUUUCCUCGGGGGUAUAAAUGUCAUAUACAAUUACAUAACAUUGGAGAGACCGUUCACAGGUCAAGGGUGCGGUUGGGUGGAGCACAAAAUAAAAGUGGAUAAAGUUCAAAAGCAAGUUAAUUCUUGGGCUGGUGGGGACAGAAAACGGAAAAUGUGCACGGCUAGACCCGUAUGGAAAAGUGUUUCAGUGAGCAAAACCAACAAAUCUGGAUACUAUCAAAUAGACUUGGGAAAUCUUAACGACGUGGUAGAAAUAAAUGAAGAAGAAAUGACAGUUACUGUCGAGCCGGGAAUGUGCAUUGGUAGAUUGACCAGGAUUCUUGUUAAGAAAGGAUGGACCCUUCCAGUCGUCCCAGAAAUCGAUUAUUUAACCGUUGGUGGACUAAUUGCCGGUGCAGGAUUAGAAUCAAGUAGCCACAAUUACGGAUUAUUUUGUCAGUGUGUAGUAGAAACAGAAAUUCUUAUGCCGAAUGGAGAAGUUCUUACUUGUUCCAGAGAACAAAAUUUUGACCUUGCCAAUGCCAUUCCCCAUUCAUACGGCACAAUUGGAUUCAUAACAGCCCUAAAAUUUAAAAUGAUUCGUGCCAAAAAAUACGUGGAACUAGACUACCGCUUCACAAAUACGAUUGAAGACGCCCUAAAAUUAAUCAAUGAGGGAAGUUCGAGGCAUGAAUUUAUCGAAGGAAUUGCAUACUCCAAGGAAAAAUUCUUAAUAAUGUUUGGAAACAUGGUGGACACGGUAGACCCUACAAAAGGGAGGGAAAAUCCAAUUAACCGAUGGUACAAGAAGUUUUUCUACCUCCAAGUGGAAGAAAUCGUGGAAAAAUUGAUAGAAAAGAGAAACAAUAACCAAAUAAUUGAAUACGUUCCCCUUCUUCAGUAUUAUCAUCGUCACUCCAGAGGAAUGUUUUGGCUGGAGAGAUAUGCUAACCCAUUUUUUUAUAACAGCCAAAUUUUCAUGUGGCUUUUCGGCUGUACUUUUCCUUUUCACAUUGACAUCUUAGGUUUAAUAUCUCGACCUAUUUAUGACGUUUUAUACCAAUCUUUCAUGAUACAAGAUUUUGUUGUUCCUGAGGAAAAAACAGCGAAACUCUUUAAUGAGGCCGACAAAAUGUUGAAUAUUUACCCCGUUUGGAUGUGUCCUGCUAGAACUUCAGAAACUGGAGGUUGUUUCAAUAUCCCGGAGAAAUAUUUGAAUUGCUUGUACAUCGAUUUAGGAUUUUAUGGCUAUCCUAAAAAGAACAAAGGAGACAAAUUGAACAGGAAACCGUUGCUAAGACACUUUGAAAAGUUUUGCUUAAAAAAUAACGGCUACCAAGGUCUUUAUGCUGAUUGCUACAUGAGCAAGGAAGAAUUCGAAACUAUGUUUGACUUCAAAUCUUUCUACUAUAAGGUGAGAAAAGAGCGAAAUUGCGACGAAGCUUUCCCCACAGUUUACGACAAGAUUUCAGCCAAGGCUCGCAAUUUGGAAAGUGAUGACGACAUGAAUCAUAAACAGUGUUAAAAUUUGAAUAAAUAAAAAUAUAUUUAAA